AUGAACAACACAGAUCCAUCUGUAAAUCCUACCAGCCCCUACUACUUACAUCCUGGUGAAAAUCCUGGUCUAACCCUCAUUUCUCAAGUUUUAAAUGAAACUAAUUACUUCUCUUGGAGUAGAAGUAUGAGACGAGCCCUUUUAUCCAAGAACAAAAUAAAGUUCAUUGAUGGGUCCAUCAAGAAACCGAACAGAGAUGAUUCUUUAUUUGAUCCAUGGGAAAGAUGCAAUGUAAUGGUGCUUUCUUGGGUCAUAAAAACCCUUUCCCCACAGAUUGCAGACAGUGUUAUAUACGUUGAAGGAGCCAAAGAAUUGUGGGAUGAGUUGAAAGAAAGAUUUUCCAAAGGGGACUAUUUUAAAAUUUCAGAUCUCCUACAAGAUAUUCACUCAAUAAGACAGGGAGAAAGAAGUGUUACUGAAUUUUUUACUGAUUUAAAAAUCCUCUGGGAAGAAUUGGAAUCCCUUAGGCCUAUACCUAAUUGUACUUGUAAAAUCCCCUGCAGUUGUGAUUUUUUAAAGAUUUCUCUGAAAUAUAGAGAGAUAGAGCACGUGAUUUGUUUCUUGAAGGGCUUGAACGAUACCUACAAUACUGUCCGAACCCAAAUCCUUCUAAUGGAACCCCUACCCAACAUAAAUUGUGUCUUUUCCCUCAUUAUGCAGCAAGAGAGGCAAGAAAGAGUUGAUAUUGGCACUGCUUCCCACAACCAGUCUACUGAAACAACAAAAGUGUUGGCUAAUGUCACUGACAAAGGAAAUAACUGGAAGACUGACCAAAAUUGGAAGAAUCAAAACCGCAGUUUUGGAUCAUACAGUCAAGGAAGAGGCAGAGGUAAAAAUCCCAAUUAUGGAAAGCAGUGUUCAUAUUGUAACAAGAUGAAUCAUACAGUGGAUGAAUGCUACUCCAAACAUGGAUAUCCACCUUGGUACAAAAAGAAUGAUGGGAAUCAAGAGAAAAAGAAUUAUUGGAAUUCAGCUAAUGUUUGUCAGAAUGAUUCUAGACAAGGAAUUGUGCAUUAG